AUGCUUUCGGCCCUUAUCCGCGCCUAAGAGCUGCCGGUUUUAUUGUUCCAGGCUGCAGUUUUAUCCCUGUUCCUUCAACACCUGCACUUUCGCUUUCUCCAGUACUAUUAUUUAUCAUUUAUCAUUUAUAACUAUAUAUUAUUAUCUCAGAGACCAGCCAGAUCAAACCGUGGGCCUGCUGUCCCUAUCUUGACCCCUGUUCCACCGGUCGUUGGCUUACCACGGUAAAAGACCAAAAGUACCCCGGACGUGGGGAUAUCCAUGGAUUCGACAGUUCCUUAUCGCGAGCAAGCCUCGUCAGGUUAUCUUUUGGAGGAGGUUAUUAUUUAAUCCUUUCUCCUCCUCGAUCUUCCUUGGAUCGCCUUUUUGCAAGACCAUCCAGAUCUACUACCUAGGUAUGGAUGACGAAUACGAGCUCAAGGAAGUACGCUCUGUCUUGGAUCACCCUCCUCUCUAUGGCGAAACCGAGCCCACCAAAGCCUCGCUGGGCCGGCGGAUCCUGGACAGCUUCAAGAGGGAUCCCAAUGCGCAUGUCAUCCACGCUACCGGCGCCGAUGGCAAGAGUUACGACGUCGAGGGCGCCGUCGCCAACACCGCUGCGUCACCUCUGCAACGAAAACUGAAAGGCCGUCACUUGCAGAUGAUCGCUAUUGGCGGCUCGAUCGGUACUGGUCUUUUCGUCAGCUCCGGUGCAGUCUUGGCCAGCGGUGGCCCGGCCUCGGUGCUCAUCGCCUAUCUACUCAUCGGCUGCAUGUUAUACUGUACAGUUCACGCGCUGGGGGAGAUGUCUGUCGCCUUUCCUGUCGCCGGCUCGUUCGCCCACUUCUCGACGCGCUUCCUCGACCCGGCAUGGGGGUUCGCCAUGGGCUGGAACUAUGCGCUGCAAUGGCUCGUCGUCUUGCCCCUCGAGAUCGUCGCUGCCUCCCUGACCAUUGACUUUUGGCAUGCCGACGUUUCUGCGGCCGUCUGGGUUACCAUCUUCUGGCUCCUCAUUGUCAUAAUCAAUCUUUGCGGCGUUAGGGGCUACGGAGAAGCCGAGUUUGUUUUUUCCGUCAUCAAGGUCACCGCAGUCGUUGGAUUUAUCAUCUUAGGCAUCAUUCUGGACUGCGGGGGCGGCUCUGAAGGAGGGUACAUUGGGGGAAAGUACUGGCGUGACCCUGGAGCUUUUAACCACGGGUUCAAGGGCCUGUGCAGUGUUUUUGUCAAUGCGGCUUUUGCCUUUGCGGGCACCGAGCUGGUCGGUCUGGCGGCCGCCGAAACCGCCAACCCGCGCAAGACGCUCCCCGCGGCGGUCAAGCAGGUCUUUUGGCGCAUCACGCUGUUCUAUGUGGUCUCGCUGACGCUCGUGGGUUUGCUCGUCCCUUACACCAACCCGCACCUGAUCACCGCCUCCACGGUUGAUGCCUCGGCGUCGCCGUUCGUCAUCGCCAUCAGGAAUGCGGGCAUCUCUGGUCUGGACUCGGUCAUGAACGUCGUCAUCAUGAUUGCCGUCCUGUCGGUCGGCAACGCCUCCGUCUACGGCUCCUCGCGGACCCUUGCGGCGCUGGCCGAGCAGGGCCAGGCGCCCGGGUUUCUAGCCUACAUUGACCGCCGUGGCCGCCCGCUGUGGUCGAUUCUCAUCUCCUCGGCUGUCGGCGCGCUCUGCUACCUGGCCGUCUCGUCCAAGGAGGAACAGGCCUUCCAGUGGAUGAUGGCCAUCUCGGGCCUUUCCUCCAUCUUCACCUGGGGCUCCAUCUGCCUGUGCCACAUCCGCUUCCGCCGCGCCUGGCGCGUACAGGGCCACCACCUCGACGAACUGGCCUUCACCUCGCAGUGUGGCGUCGUGGGGUCCUGGAUCGGGCUCGCCUUCAACGUACUCGUCCUCAUCGCCCAGUUCUGGGUCGGCUUCGCGCCCGUCGGCUACCGCGAGGACUCGACCACCGACCUGGUCGAGAAUUUCUUCUCCGCUUACCUGGCUGCCCCUGUGGUUCUUGUCUCCUACAUCCCCUACAAGCUUUGGUACCGCACCCCGUUCAUGCGUGCCAGAGACAUGGACCUGGAUACCGGCCGCCGCGACCUCGACGUCCAGGACCUCAUUGCCCAGGAACGCGCCGAGCAGGCUGCCUGGCCGACCUGGAAAAAGGUGUACAAUUUUUUCUGCUGAUGACUACGACGACGAUGCUGAUUCACGAUUUACUUAUUGUUUUAACAUGUAUAUAUAAUUCUUCAGAAGUAAUUAAGGCUCGAAUAGACAGAGUCUCUACUAUAUAUUACAUAAGCUGAUAUCCAAAAAUAGCACGUGAGUGGCUGAGGCAGUGUUUCACACUAUCCCCCAUCGGGUGAUGACGACGGUUCGCAAAGCCCAGCCCAACCCCAGCCAGAAUGAAUGGAUUAAUUGUCUUUCGUCAAACUCCCCAAUCAUUAUUGCAGUGGAUUGUUCUCUUGUCUGGUUUUUCUUUAUUCUCUCCUUUUUUUUGUCUGCUUCCCUUCUAGCCUAUCUCGACUCGUUGCUUGUGGUGUCGGGUUGUUUCGAUCUCGGUUCGCUGUCCAUUGAAGUCUGCAAGUCUGCAAGUCUGACC